AUGUACAUAGACGCGUUUAAGCGGAUGCUGUUUGAAAGGCUGAACUGCUUGAAGAGAAUGUGUGUAUGUCAGCGCCAGGGCAGCUCAUUUGCCAUGUCUAAGACAGCGGUGAAGAAACUGCACUGGCGUUCCAAGGUGCAGGAGAGCUUCGUGCCCCUGGUGGGCUCUUCGGGGGACCUGGGAGUGGCCAUCGGCGGAGGGGCAGAUUAUGGAGAGUUUCCAUUCGUCACUUCGGCUCCGGGGGGCGGGCUGACAGUUGGCGAUCUCAUCCUGGAGAUCGGAGGAACGCCCGUUUUGGGGAUGACGCUAGGAGAUGUCCGAGGAGUCCUCAACUCCUGCCCCCAUCCCAUCCGCAUCAAGACUGUGUCACCAGGCUCCACGUUAUGCAAGGAUCUCAGGCUGUAUCUGAGUAAGUGCUUCACGCCGGGCUCCGUUGACAGCCAGCUUCAGCAGGUCAUCCGAGAGAACCUGUAUCUCCGCGCCGUACCCUGUACCACCAGACAGCCCCGAGAUGGGGAAAUCUCAGGCGUCGACUACAACUUUGUCUCCGUAGAGGAGUUCUUCUCUCUGGAGGAGUCGGGGGCACUGCUCGAAAGCGGCAAGUUCAAAGCUGCCUCCCUUCUCCCUCAUCGCUUCGUGACGGUUCGUCGAGGCAGCCCGGCGGCCCGGAGCGGCCAGAUCCGGCCCGGUGAUCGGCUGGAGGCGGUGGAAGGGCAAUCCGUGGUGACCCUGCCUCAUCGCGAGCUCGCUCACAUCCUCCGCCGAGCGGGAAACACGCUACGUCUCACCAUUAUCCCCCGGCCCAGCACCUACUCCUCAAGCCUUUCCGAAUCUACCGACUAUGACCCUGGCCACAGGGGUAGGAAGGGUCAUAGGUCACGCCCGAAGCAUGACUCCAAGUACUACAGCGUGGACCUGGACCGAGGCCCGACGGGGUUUGGAUUCAGCCUGCGAGGAGGCAGCGAGUACAACAUGGGCCUCUACGUCCUGGGGCUGAUGGAGGGCGGCCCCGCGUCACUGAGCCACAGGAUGCAGGUGAGUGACCAGCUGGUGGAGAUCAACGGAGACAGCACGGUGGGGAUGACGCACAGCCAAGCUGUGGAGCAGAUCCGCCGGGGAGGACACCGAAUUCACCUGGUCCUCAAGAGAGGCAAUGGCUACGUGCCAGACUACGGCCGUGAGCACGGGGUCUCCUCCCCCUCCCACCGACAGCGCCCCAAGGAGCCGAGUGUGGCUGCAGUAGACCCCGCCAUGGCGAGGGGUCGCAGCUCAAUGAAGGUGAAGAGGGACAGGUCUUCAAAAGGACGCGAGCGAAGGAAAGGAGGGGAGAGGAGAGGGCGAGGACGGAGAAAAGGAGGCCCGGGCAUCAACUCCGGGUCUGAAAAAGAGGAGGAGGAGGAAGAGGAUGGCCAGCGGGUUGAAAGAUCUCAGGUGGCGACAAGAGACAAGAGGAGGAGCAGGAGGAGCAAAAGAGUAUCUCAGAGUUUACCCAGAGACGCCCUCAGGAAUUCAGACGAUAACGCCACACGGAGGGGGACGGCAGGGGGGAAGAAAAGAGAGAGAGGGAGAGCUAUGAGCCAAGGUAGGAAAAGCAGGAGUGAGGAGAGAGCGAGGGAGGCGGAAAGAAUUGAGCAGGUGCCAAAAGAGGAGCAAGCAGAAGAUCCAGUUGAAGAGGAGGAGCAGCAGGAGGUGGAGGAUAGGGAGGAGGGUGUGGAAGAGAAAGUGACGUUGGAGAGAGAAGAGGAGGAGGAAAAUGCCAUACUGCCCAUUCCGAACUCCCCCAAAGGCUGCCCAAACCCAAACAACACUGGGCAAGGGAGGAGGAAGGAGCUUGAGAAGCCAGAGGACGGUGAGUCGGAGUCCGGAGACAGUUGCUCCGAUGGCAGCGCCUCCGCUGCCAGCAUCUUGGGCAUCUCUCUGCCUGAGACGGGCAGACAGACUGCAGUAGUGCUCCCAGGACCCUGGCUCACCCCCAGCCAGCAGAUGGUAGCUCAGGUUUUAGAGGAGAACAGGUUACCUGGAGGAGGACAGACCAGGACGAAGGGGAAAAGGGCCGUCUCUUGA